AUGGGGGCAACGGGAGAGCUACUCUCCUCGUGGAGCGUUGCCUUUUGGGUGCCCUUGCGUUUCUACUCCAAGCACAGCCUGCCGAUACCGUUCAGCCAGCAGAAUAGCAGGAUUUGCGUGGAUUCAACUGAUCUAGAUGAAAUUAUAUCUUCCUUGCACAGCAUUCCGUCCAUUUCAAAGUUGAGGCAGGGUCAUAUUUCACUGUUCAGAGACCAAAUAGAGUGCCUGUGGGAAGAUCCCAUGAAUGCCGGCGGAUCGAUCGUCAGGUUUCGCUGUUGCCUAUCGGUGCAAGCAGUCCAGGCGGUCUAUCAAGCGUCUAACAAGUUACAUCCAAUUGUCGAUCCCACGGAUCUAGAUUCUCUCUGGAAUUUUAUCUGCACACUGCUUUUGACUGGAGCUUUGGAGCACUCCUCGGCCUCCACAGACAAGACCAAGCUUGGAAUCAACGGCUGCUGCUUGAAGCUAGAGAAGGAGUUCUGCACGAUAGAGGUGUGGUUUGGAAGCAAGAGGGCAUGCACUCAGGUCCUUCCUCUGCUCACUGACGUCCUCAAAGAACUUCACAUAAGCACACAGUACACCAAAACCCAAUACCCACACCUUGUGUCGAGUCUCUCGCGCAUCUCCUUUCCACAGACAGUCGCCCUGCACGAAACUCUCACCGUUAUCGAUGUGCCAACAGUCCAGACCUCGAUCAAGGUGGUCCUCGCUUAA